UGGGAGGUGCCGGGCCGCCUGCCGUGCGCGGCUGUUGCCGCGCGUGUGCCGGGCCUCCCGGUCGUCAUGGAGGAGGUCUCGGCGGAGGAGUUGGACGAUGAGGAGCAGCUGCUGCGACGGCAUCGCAAGGAGAAGAAGGAGCUGCAAGCCAAGAUUCAGGGAAUGAAGAACGCUGUUCCCAAAAACGACAAAAAGAGGCGCAAGCAGCUCGUUGAAGAUGUAGCGAAGUUGGAGAGAGAAAUGGAGCAGAGACACAAGGAAGAGCUGGAGCAGUUGAAAUUGGCUUUCGCGGAGAGUAAGAUAGAUUCUGUCACUGUUAACAUUUCAGACUUGGUACUUGAGAACCAGCCACCUCGGAUUUCCAAAGCACAAAAGAGACGGGAGAAAAAGGCUGCACUGGAAAAGGAGCGGGAGGAAAGGAUAGCUGAGGCUGAAAUUGAGAACCUAGCUGGAGCUAGGCACGUAGAGAGUGAAAAACUCGCUCAGAUACUGGCCGCCAGAGAAUUGGAAAUCAAGCAUAUUCCAUCUGAUGGCCAUUGCAUGUACGGAGCACUGGAGGAUCAGCUGAGAGAGCAGGACUGUGCCCUAACUGUGGCUGCCCUCCGGAAGCGCACUGCUGAGUACAUGCAGAGCCAUUCAGAAGACUUCCUGCCCUUCUUAACAAACCCCAAUACCGGGAACGUGUAUACUCCAGAGGAAUUUGGAAAGUACUGUGAUGACAUUGUGAACACAGCGGCGUGGGGAGGUCAGCUUGAGUUAAGAGCUCUGUCUCACAUUCUACAAACACCAAUCGAGGUACUACAAGCAGACGCUCCUCCUAUUGUAGUUGGUGAAGAAUAUUCGAGGAGUCCUUUAGUACUGGUAUACAUGAGACAUGCAUAUGGCUUAGGAGAACAUUAUAAUUCUGUCACACGGUUGGUGAACUCGGCUACUGAAAAUUGCAACUAGUUUACAAAAUGUAACACUAUGUUUUAUAGAGUGUGCCAAUCUGCAUAUUCCUAUCAAGUGCUAGAUUGUUGCAAUGCCUCUGAAAAACACAGCUACCUUAAGUCAGUUUUAUGAAUGAAUAAGCUUGCUAACAGGCUUUUUAGAAAUCCGUUGGAUUGACUUUAACCAGUGCCCUCUUAGUGGCAUUCCUAAAACUUAAAGUAAAUCGUGGAGAACAUCAUAGAACAAGGUGUUAACCUUCUCACUAGUGAGUAUUAGUUAUCCAGGACAUUCUGACUUUGAAUAAAUUUUUUUUAAAAAUUUUGACCCUACAUAUUUAUAUUUCCAAAGUGAGUAUUUGAUAUAAUUUUUCUUAAAGUAUGGAGACGCCUUUUCUGUCAUGAUAGGACUGUAUUGUGAUGUCAGCAAGUUUAUUAACGCUUGUGAAUGAGCAUGAUCAUAGUAAUUUUGGUAUGCUAGGUCAGCAAGGUGAAGCUUGUUACGUAGCACAUCUCUGCAGCUAAGGAGAAACGACUUAGGGAUUUUUGAAUCCUUACAUGAGAAUCAGUUGAGUUCAAAGGGAUUAAAGAAAAUUAGUUGUAAAUAGGUGUUCACUGUGUCCAUUUUCAAUCUUUUUUUUUCGUGAGACAGGGUUUCUCUGUAGCUUUGGAGCCUGUUCUGGAACUUCUUUUUAACAAAUAGGCGAUGUAUAGCUUUAAAAACAAGGACUUCUACAUUGCUGUUUUUCCAGCUUGAGGCUGGAGUUAUUCAUACCUUUAUUCGCUUCACAACUGAUAAUUUUUACAUUUUCUCCUUCUCAGUGGCUCUGCUUUUCCUAGAGCCCUUUUCCACUGAGAAGUACCCAGUGGCCUCUCCUUGCUCACUGUGCAGAAGGGUCACAGUCACAUUCUCCUCCCGUUGUCCCUGCCCCAGUUUGUCCUAACAAGAUCUCCGCUGUGCUCGCUCUCUAGGGCUCAGAGGAAGCCUUGGCUGAAGGUUUUCUUGCUCCAGGUCGUGUCACUUUUUUCCCUCAAGUGUGUGAUUAUUGUGCGUGUGUGCAGGUAAAGCUGAGGCCACUGUUGAGGAGCCGAGCUGAAAACCAGUGCAGAACAGUUCUCUGUGGGCUGACGUAGGUAACUAGGAUUGCAGCUCUCUUCUAACAGAGUUCUCUGUGGGCUGACUUAGCUCACUAGGAUUGCAGCUCUCUUCUAACAGAGUUCUCUGUGCGAGAGUUGUACCCACACUCGUUUGUCUGCUGUGCUGUAGCCCAGCGCCACGGCCUGGGGCAUAGCUCCAGUAGAGCCCUUGCUUAUCGUGCAUGAGGCUCAAGGCUCAAUUUCUUGCACCAACAAACAAAUUUAUAAAAAUGAAACUUUUUGGUUUCAUCUGUUUUUUUUUUCCCAGUUAGAACUAUAAGAAGAUUGAGCAUCACGUUUAUAAUAUUUGGGCUUUUGAUCUAUCAAUGUAUACUGUCUAUGAGUAAAUAAAAUGGGCUUAUGAUGUUAAAAGCAGGUAACACUAGCAGGCUAGGCAGCAGGCAAGUCAGGACUCUGAGGUCACUCCAGCAGACAAGACAUCCUCUGCCUCCUGCACAGUGUAUUCUAAAGGGUGCCUGCUUUGUAACUGCUGAUCUGUUUUUUUUUUCCUUUGAAAUUUACAAAAGAAUGAAGUUGUAAAUUGAUGCUUUGAGUUUAUCUGAAAUAAUAUUAUCUUCAUGCUAAAGUAUCAGCAUUGACAAUUAACAAAGCAUAAUAUUGUGAAACUUAGUUAUUGCAAAUUCCAUUUUCAACAAAGAUAGUCUAAAAUAAUUCAUUAAUGUUUUGUUGUUUUGACAAGAAUUUAAAUGUACUUAAUUAUGUAUUUCUGGGUUUUGUGUAUAUGUUUUAUUUUAAAAUGGCCAUUGUAUUUAUGAAUAAAGUGUAUGGCCACCUUCUACCAUUGUAGCUUUAAAUGAAAGAAAAAGUCUUUUAAGAAUGGCAGAUGCUAAUGUAAAAGCAAUGUGAGAAUUACAUUUGCUGCUGCUGGUCUAACGGGAACCCCACGAGCUUUCUGUAGUCCGCAUUGGAAACGUGUAUGUCAGAAUUCUGGAAUUUGUCUUCAGCCAAGAAUGUUGUCCACUUACAUAUGUUUACAGCCUAUAAAAAGUAAAACAAAGAAUGUGUAACUGUUAUGAGCAAGGUAGCUUUGCUCAUGUUAUCUGGUAUUUGCCAAAAGAAUAAAUGAUAAAGGAGUUGAAUCAA